AUGGUAUCAGUUAAACCUACAAACAUCCAAUUACCUCUUAAUGGUAACGGGGAAUCUCAAGUACCAGUGGAUGGAUUAAGAACACCCAAGACACCUCAAGAUGAAGCGAUAGCUUUUUUCAAGGGGGAAAGCAACGAUGGCAAGGAGGUUCAAGUCUGGGAAUUGGCUUUGGAGAAUGAUGGUGGACCAGGAGAGGGUAAAGAUUACAUCCGGCUUCCACCUCCCGUCCGACCAUACGUUCUCAGAUUCUCCAUUCGACCGGGGACUAACGUAACUCGAAAUGGUGUUCUGAAGUCUGACUUCCCUAUGGACGGGGGUGUGUUCCAAAGAGGUGAUUGGAAAGAAAGAAAGCUACCCACCGAUAUGAGCAAACCCAUUCAAAUCGACCUUCCCAUAUCAGCACCAGGUGCAUUCUGCUAUUAUCUUGAAUACGAUGGACCUACUCCCUCUUCACCUCGAAUUCAAGGCAGAAAAGGAUACUUCAACGUUGAUCCACUCAUCCUCUUGCCUCAACGUACAUCUUUCUUCCCUUCUAAAGUCAACCCAUUGAAGGACACCUCAUCAGGUGCAAUCUUGCCCAAAUCCACCAAUGUCUCAUUAGAUGGAUUGAUAAUCUUAUCUGUAUUGGCUAAAUGGAUGGGCAAAACUUCAGAUUGGGAAAAACAUUUCGUUGAAGCUUCUAGACGUGGAUAUAAUAUGCUUCAUUGGGCACCUUUACAACAAAGAGGUAGCUCAGGAAGUCCUUAUUCGAUCCAAGAUCAAUUGAGCUACGAUCAAGCUAUCUUGGUGAAUCAUAAUGUGAAAGAUGGAGGAUAUGCAGAAAUUGAAAAAAUUAUCAAAUUAGCUAAAGAGAAAUAUGGUUUAGGUGGUAUAACUGAUGUAGUAUUGAAUCAUAUGGCUUUCGACUCUCCCUGGCUAGAGCAACAUCCCGAAGCAGGUUACUCACCUCAAAAUACUCCUCAUCUCGCUCCUGCAGUAGAGCUUGAAGAUGCCAUUCUUUCGUUAUCAUCGAAUCUCUCUUCUCUCGGAUUACCUACGACACUCAAUUCCGAAGGCGACUUGCAAAAACUGAUCCCAGCAAUGAAAAAAGCUAUCGACGAUUCUCGUUUAUGGGAAUUCUAUGUGUUUGAUGUACAGGCAUCUGUGUCUUCAGUUAGAUCAUCUUUACUGCGAAACAAACCCUCACCAAAGAAAUGGGAAGGAUCAAAUGUUUCCAACCAAUCGGCGUCACAAUUAGCUGAAAUCAUCAAAUCAACCCCUGGAUUCAUUGAGAACUUCAAGGCUUACUCUUCGAGAUUCUGCUCAACUGUUAAACCUGAAUUGGCGGCUGGAUUGAUCCAAUCUGCUUAUCCAAGUGAAUCACCUGAGACUCAAGCUAAGCGAUGGGGAGAGGUUCUUGAUGUGCUCAAUGUCGACUUGUACGCGGAAUGCAACGAUGAUGUCAACGCUGCUAUCGAAGGUAUGGUUGGAAGAUUGAGAUUCACCCGAUUAGAAGAUGGAGGACCUAAGAUCGGUGCCAUCACUGAAGAACGACCGCUUGUCGAAAAAUACUUUACCAGACUUCCUUCGAACGAAACCACUUCCAAACACCCCAAAGAUUCUCUUGCUUUAGCCAAUAAUGGGUGGAUGUGGGGUGCCGAUCCAUUGCAAAACUUUGCUGAAUAUCCAUCCAAAGCUUACAUCCGUCGACAGGUUAUAGUAUGGGAUGAUUGUGUGAAACUUCGUUAUGGAUCUGGCAGAGAUGAUAAUCCAUGGUUAUGGGAUCAUAUGAUCAAAUAUGCCGAACUUUUAGCAGCGACUUUUGAUGGUUUCCGAUUGGAUAAUUGUCAUUCUACACCUCUGCAUCUGGGUGAAGCUGUAAUCGAUGCCGGAAGAAGAGUAAACCCUAAUUUGUAUAUCAUGGCUGAACUUUUCACUGGAAGCUCAGAGAUGGAUCUCAAGUUUGUUAGAGAAUUAGGAAUCAACAGUCUGGUUAGAGAGGCUUACAACGGUGACAAUGUCAAAAACUUCGCUGAUUUACUUUGGCGAUUUGGUCUGGGUAAGCCUGUUGGAUCAAUGGACUCUGCCUGUCUUUCAUCGUCCGAUGAACUCGCACCACCUUUCGGUAAAGGGGCUACACGACCUUGUAUCGUUACACCCCUUCAAGGAUCAGUUCCUCACGCCGUGUUCUACGAUCUGACUCACGAUAACCAAUCUCCAUUCGACAAGAGAACCGCUGAAGAUGCUCUAUCGACCGGGGCCCUGGUCACAUUCUCUCGAGCAGCUUUAGGAUCAAACAAAGGUUUCGAUGACUUAUAUCCCAAACUCUUGGAUUUAGUUACGGAUAACCGACCAUACGAAGUAGCCGACCAGAAUGAAAAUGGAAUUGGAAAGGUCAAGAGAAUACUUAACCACCUGCACACUCAAAUGAUGGAAGAAGGGUUCACCGAAGGUCAUGUACAUGAAGAAGGACAGUACAUCAUGAUUCACCGAGUACACCCUAUUACCCAUAAAGGUUACAUGCUCAUUGCUCACACCGCCUUUAAGGGCUUCUCAGGCAGAGGAUGGAUCAAACCGAUCAAACUCUCCCGAACCAACAUCUCCUACUUAUUCGGUGCAUCUGUCACCACCGAUUUCAGCUCAUGGGACCCUAAUGCCAAAACGCAUAAAGGUAUUCCCUCCAAAUUGGAGGAAGUUGCUGAACCUAGUAUCACCAGAGGCCAAGAUGGCGAUGGCCAAUAUUGCGAGAUCAAUGUACCUGACCACUUUGACCCUGGAAGCAUCAUGGUUUUUUCCACUUCGAUGGAUGAAAUAAAGUCCGACCUCGAUCAGAUCAUCAAGACUGGAGCUGUUGAGGCUUAUUCCGAACUUGAUCUCGUCGAUCUCAACGUGAUCCUUCAUCGAGCUGAUGGAGAAGAGAAAGAUGCAACGGGUGGUGAUGGAACAUACACCAUCCCCAAUUACGGUAGCUUAGUCUAUUGUGGUCUGGAAGGAUGGAUGCACCCAUUAAGAGAGAUCAUGAAGAGUAACGACCUCGGUCAUCCUCUAUGCGCUCACCUAAGAGAGGGCACGUGGGCAAUGGAUUACGUCUUAAAGCGAUUGGAGAAGCAAGUUGGCGAUCUACCUCGAUUGGCUAAACCUCAUCAAUGGUUAUCCGAAAGAUUCGAAUUAAUCAAAUCCACUUGUCCCGGAUUCAUGAGACCGAAAUAUUUCGCUUUAGUAAUGUACGAAGCAUAUAAAGCUGCUCGAAAAGCUGUAGUGGAACAAUGUUCCGAGUUCAUCUCUUCAGGACAUUCCUUCACUCAUGAUUUAGCUUUAUGUUCCGUACAAAUGUACGGUCUUGUCAAAUCUGCUUCCAUCAAUCCCGCAAAACCCGUACCUUCAUUGGCUGCAGGUUUACCGCAUUUCGCCGCAGGUUGGGCUAGAUGUUGGGGUCGAGAUGUUUUCAUCUCUCUCAGAGGUCUUUUCCUUACAACAGGAAACUUCCCGGCAGCAAGAGAUCAUAUCUUAUCUUUUGGAAGUACACUCAAACAUGGUCUGAUCCCAAACUUGCUUGAUUCUACCAAAACCCCCAGAUACAACUGUCGUGAUGGGCCAUGGUGGUUCUGUCAAAACAUCCAAGAUUACACUAAGAUGUGUCCAAACGGUCUUGCUUUGUUGAACGAUAAAGUCAAACGAAGAUUCCCCGCAGAUGAUACUUGGGUAGAAUGGGAUCAUCCCAGAGCAUUCGAGUACGAAAGUACUGUUGCUGAACUUGUGCAAGAAAUCUUGCAACGACAUGCUCAAGGCAUCGAAUUCAGGGAAUAUAACGCUGGACCUAAUCUCGAUAUGGAUAUGAAAGACGAAGGUUUCAACCAAAAGAUCUGGGUAGACUGGUCAACUGGUAUCAUAUUUGGCGGUAACAGGUACAACUGCGGUACAUGGAUGGACAAGAUGGGUUCCUCCGACAAGGCCGGCAACAAAGGUCUACCUGCUACUCCUCGUGAUGGUGCACCCGUUGAAAUCACCGGUCUACUCAAGAGUACAUUGAGUUGGGUUGAUGGUCUUAGCAAAGCGGGCAAAUGGCCUUUCAAGGGUGUAAAAGCUACGAUUAAAGGUGAAACUCGAACUGUCACCUAUAAAGAAUGGGCCGACCUCAUUCAAGCUUCUUUCGAGAAAUGCUAUUAUGUCCCAUCUGAUCCUUCCGAAGACUCCAAAUACGAUAUCAACUCGGGAAUGGUGAAUCGAAGAGGUAUCUACAAGGAUGUAUAUGGUACUCCCAAAGAGCGAGAGUGGAGUGACUAUCAACUUCGAUGUAAUUACACUUUACCUAUGAUUGUUGCACCGGAACUUUUCACACCAGAAAAAGCGAUUGGAGCUCUUCAAAUCGCCGAAGCUGUUCUUCGAGGUCCAUUAGGAUUCAAAACUCUCGAUCCUUCCGAUAGUCAAUACAGAGGAGACUACGAUAAUUCCAAUGAUAGUCACGAUCAGGCUAUUGCUAAAGGAUGGAACUACCACCAAGGACCAGAAUGGGGUUUCCCUACAGGCUGGUUCCUCAUGGCGUAUCUCAAAUUCGACCGGAUUGCUGGCGAGGGCAAGAAAGAUGCUACUCAGACCAUGCACCACAUCUCCAACAUCUUGCAAAGUCAUGCUCAACAUAUUACGAAUGAUCCUUGGAGAGGUCUUCCUGAAUUAACCAACAGCAACGGUCAAUACUGUUACGAUUCAUGUAAUACACAAGCUUGGAGUGCGAGUACCAUCCUGGACGUUUUAGAGGAGAUGCACAAGAUUGGAAAGAAAUAA